GUAUGUAUCGUGUUCAUUUGUUUAAUAAAAAGGAACAUUAAAAGUGUACAAAUGGGGCAUCGUCGUAAAAUAUGCCGUAAAGUGUAAUACUGCGCACGCGCGGUAUACGCGAGGUACAAGUUGGGCAGGUGGUGUGGUUCGGAGUAAUUUCGGAGUAAAGUUUUCUGUGCGGCGAUGGGUGCCAAUCGAAGAAUUGCGAUUAUUUUUGGUGGUUUUAUAACGGCUGUUGCUGCUGCAUUUUAUCCUAUAUUUUUCUAUCCCCUCGCACACUUAAAAGAGUACAAACAGAUGCAGGGCAUAAAUCGUGCCGGAAUCAACCAAGCCGAAGUUCAGCCCGUUGGUGUGAAAGUAUGGUCUGAUCCCUUCAAAUCAAAAUGAAGGAUUCCUUAAAAUUCACCUCUGGAGGUUGUGUAAUCAUGGAAUGGGACACCCAUAAAUGAACAGAUGGGACUGAAUGUAAUGUACAGUGUAUGUGGGAUUUUUUUUCAAAUUCAUACAGCCUGUGAUAAUCGUUUGCAGAAUUCAUGCAGUUUUCUCUGGCCUUAAAGAAUAAUAAAUAUGUAAACAUAUAGCAUCUUUUUAUUGUAUUUGGAAUUCAGUUGCUUGGUUCUUUUUGAGCAAAAUUCUACCAGUUUUUUUUGUCAUGGUGAUUCAGUUAUGCAAGUAAUUUUAGUAAGAUUAAUCCUUUUCAUAUUUUGGGUGUCAUCUCUAUGUCAGCGAAUUUCUCAUGCAUGGUGCUAGGAUACUUUCUUAUUCACUAUCCGUGUUCAUACUUCUUGUGCCAAUGUACUAGGCAACCACAUUCGUUGAUGCCAGGCCUGCGGUGGAGCCGUAGAGCAAAGCUGCUUUUAAGUUUCAUUUAUGAAGUGUGAUAUGGAUGUUAUAUUAAAAACAAAAAAAGAAUUUUACUAGGUAUACAGUAUACAAGGUAGGGAUGUCACUAACGAAAACAUUUUCAUAAAUUGAAAUAAAAUAAGAUGAAAAUAACUACAUGUCAUGCCCGACUCGUAAGAUCCUCGUGUGUGCCACGCCCCCCUGAUUAUCCACGUGUGCUUCCCUAAUUGUACCCAGCUAUACCCUGUUGUUUUGAUGUUAGGUGAUGUUAGUUCUAGUGUUAUGUCCCGUACUUUUAAUAAACCCCCAGUUUUCCCUUA